ACUCUUUUCAACUUCAGUACACUUUACAUAUUCGCACAAUGUGGCAAAGUAUUUUUAAAAUUUGUUUCGCUUUUAGUUUGACUUCAGUGGCAUUAUCCUACUACAGUCCUCGGAUCAAUACGAAAUCUGUGGAUGAAUUCCCGAGUGACAUGAGUACAGCUCCAUUUAUAAAAUUGGGCCAAAAAUACUAUCAUUUUGGACACAAAGAGGUUAAUUGGUACAAAGCCUUUUUAGUAUGCCGCACUUUAGGCGGUGCCCUGGCUUCUUUUGAGACCGAGGAGGAAUGGAAAUUAUUAUCCGAUCACUUACUUACUUUGGGGGACAAACGUUAUUGGUGGGUUUCAGCAGCUGAUUUUGAAACAGAAAAUGAAUUCUAUUGGUAUCGUACUGGUGAACCUGUUUCCUAUGCAAAAUGGUCUGACAAUCAACCGGAUAAUUUUGAAGGCAACGAGGAUUGUGUAUUUAUGUGGUAUGAAAAUAAACAGUAUGAAAUGAACGAUUUUGAUUGCUAUGAUGUGGCUAAUUAUGUUUGUGAGUGUAAACCACCAUCAUCUAUAGUGGUGGUUGCGUAUUAAACCAAAAAUCUUUUCAAAAUGCAUAUUUAAUGUAAAAAUCAUAGACAAUUUUGUCAUUGUCAUAAUAUAUACUUAAGAUAAUUUAAAUAAAAUGUUUGUUAUAUUCCAAGUAAAUUAAUAAAGUCAUAUGAAGUAUU